AUCCUAAACCCGCAUCUUUUCAAGUGAGUUACUAUCCAAGGUUUACUAGGUCGUAGAAUCCUUGGACCAUCGGGUUUCUGGUGAGAUACUUAUAAAAAUGAAUCACUUUCUCUUUCGCUAUCUUGUUGAGGAAUCUUCUCAGUUGUUUAAGUAUUGGCUUACAAAUGGAUCGUAUAUUUGGGCAUGCUCUUCUCUGGACUCUGUUGUUUGUGGUUAAUGCUUUGAGGAUUGAAGGGUUUGAAUGUGGAAAGCAGACUGUACGAAACGGACGAAUAGUCGGUGGUGAAGAUGCUUUUGAUGGUGAAUUUCCUUUUAUGGUAUCUCUACGUUUAGGAGGAAGCGCAUAUGGUCAACACCACUGUGGUGGUGUCAUCUUAAAGAAAUUAUGGGUUUUAACUGCAGCACAUUGUGUAACAAGCUAUUCAGCAAAACAUUUCACUGUAAGAGUUGGUGAGUAUGAUUUAAGUCAAGCAGAAACAAAUCAUUCUGAAUCAGACUACCGUGUUGAGAAGAUAUUCAAGCAUCCCAAACUAUACCAGCCAAGAAGGUAUAAUAAUGAUAUAGCUUUGUUGAAACUCAUGAAGCCCAUUGGUUACGAAAGUUACGUAUGGCCAGCUUGUCUACCUGACCACGAAGAAGACUUCUCUGGUCAACAAGGAACGAUAAUGGGUUGGGGAUUUCUGCAAGAAAACGGUGGUGUACGAGCAAAGAUACUACAAAAAGUUCAAGUUCCUAUAAUGAACAGAACACAAUGCCAAAAUCUGUUUGACGAAGCAAAGAAAAGAGUGAAAUUUCACGAUGGGCAGAUAUGUGCAGGAUACAGAGAGGGGAAAAAGGACUCUUGUCAAGGUGACUCUGGUGGUCCAUUGGUUGUUAAGAAAGAUGGCUCUUUUACGGUAGUUGGCAUAGUAUCUGCUGGAAUCGGAUGCGCAAGACCUUUGUUACCAGGAGUUUAUACAUCCGUGGCACAUCACGUACCGUGGAUCCAUGAAACAUUUGAAGAAAUUUAGUUUAAUAUAGAUUUUGAAUUUUUUUUUUCAAUUUAUAAAAGUAUAUUUGCGAUCCUCGGUUUCAAAACCAGCAAGAUCAAUUUUCAGAAAUGUUACAGAUGUAACAAAAUGAAUUUCUCAUGCAGGAAAUUGGAUAAAAUCCGAUUUCCUUAAAUAAUUAUUUUAAAGAUACUUUCAUUGUCAAAAUUAGUUUACUUUUGGAAUAAAUUUUAUUUUUUAAAAAAAAAGUGUUUCGGAUCGAGCUGGUUUUGACUUGAAAAACCUGGUUUAAUACCAAAACCGAUUAAUGAUUAAUAGAAUUAUUAAUAAUUCAUUUUUACCUUAAGUUCAUGUUUACUAGUUUUCAAAACGUUCGUAUUUAAUAGGCUAAAUUAAAACUGACAUAACGUUAUCCAUACCACUAAAAAUUAAAAUUAAAUAAUUAUUUUUAUGCAUAUACUUUUAGUUUUCACUAUUCCUUUACUUAGUUUAUUUUUUUUAUUUCGUUUUACCUAACUCAAGACAAUAUCUUUUAUGUCUUUUUAGCAUAAAAAGUAUUAAAUAGAAAAAAAUCUAAUUACUUUUAAGAAAGUUAUUUUUCUCUUGUCGUCUCUAAUAGCCUUUUUCCCCUUACUUUUUGUUAAGUUUUUCUGAACCAAAAAAAUUUCAUUGUCUUGUUUCCAUUAAUAUUAAAUAAUGUAAACUGUUCUAGGUAUAAAUUUUGGUUAUUUGUUCAUCAUACCUAUUUUUUCGUAUCAGUGUGAAUAAUUUUAUUAUGCUCCUUAAUGCUUCAAAUUGCAUUUUUAAGUAUAAUAUUUAUUGCUGUUGAGUGACAUUUUCAAAUGCGUACUGAAGCAAUUAUAAAUAUUUUCAAUUAUAAGAAAGUGACA